UUUCCUUUCACUUUCACUUUGAUUUACUGUGUUUUAUUUCUCAUGAUUUAAGAAUGGCAGGCAAUACAGAAGAUGAUAUAUUUCAUGAUAUUAUCAUGGGUGAAGAAAAAUCUCAGUCGCAGGGUUAUGAAGCUGGAUUUGAAGCAGGAAAACAAUCUGGAUAUGAUGAAGGAUACAGACUAGGUUGGGAAAAGGGAUCUUCUAUUGCAUCAGAGGUUGGAUUUUAUCAUGGUUUCAUUGAAGAACUUCAAACUAAAAUUAAAGAUGAUGACAGCAAACAGAGGGCUUUUAAAGUAACAGAGACAAUUCUAAAAUUAAUCACAGAAUUAACUUUGGAUGAUCCAACAAAUAACUUGUUGUUUGACAAACUGGAGAACAUCAGGGCAAAGUUUAAACAGGUUAUGUCAUUGUUAGGGAUGAAGGCAGAUUUUAACACAGGACAAGAGAAUAAAGGGGUGUCAUUUUGAUAUUGAAAAGUGCAGAAAAAAUACUGAUGACUGUAAAGACAGUCAGCUAUCAUGUGCAAUAAGCCAGAUAAAGAGAAAACACUUCCCUGUGGAUAAAGGAGCUAUUCAUUUCCAUAGGAUGUGGCUACUGAAAAAAUUAUAAACUAAACUUUAGAUUUUUUUUAAAAUUUUAUAUCAAAAUUUUAUUUAUAUUGAAUGUCUAAGAUAUAUUUCAUAUUAAAAUAUAUUAUA